CAGCGAGGAGAAAGCAGCAACAAGAUAUAAAUAGAGAAACAGAAUGGGACAAAGUUUGAAGAGAGAACAUGACAUCACUCAGACUUUCUCUCCACCCAACGAGAUCUGGGAUGGAGGUGCAAAACAUGAGCCAGACAGGGAAGGACUUAGCAAAUCAUUUCAAUUCUACUCCUCUGGAGAAAGCCGGAGUGAGUUUGUGAAAAAAGUUCUCUGAAGAGGUUUCUUUCCCCCAUUCCCUCCUUUUAUAAAGAAUAACUCAGAAGCACAGCUGGAUAGACUGGGUGCUCCUGAACACGACAGAGAAUACGGGAGACCACAUGCUGAAUGAGAGAGACUUCUUGGCCCCGAGUGCAGGAAGAUUUUUGGGAUUGUUUCUGGACAACUGUGCGUUUUGGAAUUGGAUUGAUUUUUCCCACAUUCCUCAGCUGUUCUAGUAAUGGUAAAGAGUUUAUCGAUUCCUGAAAGUUGUUGAAUUUUGAAAACACACAUCCAUGGCUCCGGACAAACAACGGGGACUGAGAGGACUUCUGAAAUGAAUUUUCUGAACUUGUAUGAAGAUGCCAAUUUUACAAGAAAGUGAGAAUUAAUUUUUCCCAAAAGAAACAAAGUUUUUUUUUUUUUUUCUUUUUUUUUCUGUAACUCACCUCCCUGGAAUCUGGCUUGAGCCAUUUUAAAAAAAAACCUUUCGGAAGACCACCAUGAGGAAACUACCUUCUCUCUUCUGUUGGUGUUUGUGGGUGCUUUUUUUGUUUUUGGAAAAGCAGGUAUCUGGAAAUUAUCCUCAAACACAGGGACAUCCAGGGUUCCAGGUGUUAGCAUCCGCUUCUCAUUACUGGCCACUGGAAACUGUGGAUGGAAUUCAUGAGCUUCAGGAUACAACAAGAGCAUUAAGAAACCACAACUUCACUGUGCUUACCUCCCAUAAUUCUACCUUUGUAUAUACCAAUGACUCUGCCUACUCUAACUUCUCUGCAACCGUAGACAUUGUAGAAGGGAAAGUCAGUAAAGGCAUUUACCUUCGAGAGAAGAGAGGAGUGACGUUACUGUAUUACAAAACCUCUUGCAUUAGUAACCCGGCCCAAUGUGAUCCUGAAGGAGUCACGUUUUCAUUUUUCUGGAAGACCCAGGGAGAGCAGCCCAGGACAGCCUUUCCAGCCUAUGGCGGGCAGGUUAUUUCCAGUGGAUUCAAGGUCUGCUCCAGUGAAGGAAAAGGCUUUGUGGAGUUUUACACCCGUGAGAAUUCCAUGAAGUGGGAGGCCAGCUUCAGCCCACCAGGUCCCUAUUGGACUCACAUCCUAUUCACGUGGAAAUCCAAGGAAGGCCUGAAAGUCUACGUCAAUGGGACCCUGAACACCACUGACCCAAGUGGGAAAGUAUCUCACGCCUAUGGGGAGCCCAACGUCAACCUGGUGAUCGGCUCUGACAGAGACCAGCCUAAGAAUUAUGAGAACGGGGCUUUUGAUGAGUUCAUUAUCUGGGAGCGAGCCUUGACACCCAGUGAAAUCAGGAUGUACUUUACAGCUGCCAUCGGAAAGCAAGUAUAUCUUUCUACCACACCUCCCACUGCUGCAACCAACAUGAAGGUCUCUACUGAUGUCUAUUGUCCCAUCAUAACCAACCUGAAUGAACAAAGAAGCAAUUCUGAGCACGAAGGGAACAUGCUGAGCUACCUUCAGAAUAUGUCAGUCAGCUUGCCUAAUAAGUCUUUGUCGAAGGAAACUGCCUCCAAUUUCACUGAGACCUUCUUAGAAACCAUAGGAGAGGUGCUUGUCCCAAUUUGGACAGAUGAACAUGAGCAAUCUUCGGACAUGGUGGGUCUGAUUGAAACUAUCGACAAAGUUCUGUGGCACAUAGCUUCCAAUGUGCAAACGUACAAGGUGCCCAUUACCAUCGAAGGCUCAUCUUCAGUGGCAGAGUAUUCACUGGCCAAAGUGCCCCCCGAGACGAUGACUUCUCAUCACUACCGCUUCCCCACCCAGGGACAGAGCUACAUUGAGAUUCCUCGGGAGGCCUUCCAUAGCAAAACUUGGACUACCAUUGUUGGUCUCCUCUACCACACAAUGCACCGUUGUUUCAACAACAUCCAGCCUGCUGACACGAAGAUUAUUGAGGCAGCCAACUACAAAAAACACUUGAUAAUAGCUACCAGUCACCUUAUUUCUCUGAAGGUAGAACCACCACCGAUGCUAUCCCAGAACUUGUCAGGAUCACCUCUGAUCACUAUACGGCUCACACACACCCUGAGUUGGGAGCAAUAUAAUGCUGCAUCAAAUAAAAGCAACCGGGUUUUUCUUUAUUGUGCAUUUUUGGACUUCAGCUCUAAAGGAGGCGUCUGGUCAAAUCAAGGCUGUGUCCUUACAGAAGGGAACCUCAACUACUCCAUCUGCCACUGUAAUCACCUCACCAACUUCGCUAUCCUGAUGCAAGUGGUCCCUCUGGAGCUGACCAGAGGACACCAGGUGGCGCUCUCCUCCAUCAGUUAUGUGGGCUGCUCCCUCUCCAUCUUCUGCCUGACCAUUACCUUGGUCACGUUCGCAAUGCUGUCCUCGGUCAGUACCAUUCGAAACCAGCGCUACCAUAUCCACGCCAACUUGUCCUUUGCUAUUCUGGUGGCCCAGAUCUUACUUCUCAUCAGUUUCCGAUUUGAGCCGGGAACAAUUCCUUGCAAAGUCUUAGCGGUUCUGCUCCACUUCUUCUUCCUGAGUGCCUUCGCUUGGAUGCUGGUGGAAGGCUUACAUCUUUACAGCAUGGUGAUCAAGGUGUUCGGCUCAGAGGAGAGCAAGCAUCUCUACUACUAUGCCAUUGGUUGGGGUUCUCCACUGGUGAUCUGCAUCAUUUCUGUAUCCUCCUGUAUGGACAGUUAUGGAGAAAACCGAAAUUGCUGGUUGUCCUUGGGAAAGGGAGCCAUCUGGGCCUUUGUGGCCCCAGCUCUGUUCGUCAUCAUGGUCAACAUUGGUAUUCUCGUGGCUGUGACCAGAGUCAUCUCCAGAAUCAGCGCAGAAAACUACAAGGUCCAUGGAGAGGCGAAUGGUUUUAAGUUGACAGCCAAAGCAGUGGCGGUCCUCCUGCCCAUCCUGGGGAGUUCCUGGAUUUUUGGUGUGCUUGCUGUGAAUAACCAUGCCAUCGUGUUCCAGUACAUGUUUGCAGUGUUGAACUCUUUACAAGGAUUUUUCAUCUUUCUAUUUCACUGUCUCCUGAAUUCUGAGGUGAGAGCUGCCUUUAAGCAUAAAACCAAGGUUUGGUCCCUCACCAGCAGUUCGAUUCGCAACAUCAAUGUGAAGCCCUUCAACUCCGACAUUAUGAAUGGAACCCGACCAGGAACAACACCCACUAAACUCAAUACUUGGGACAAGAGCAGCAACUCAGCCAACCGGAUCGACUUGUCAGCGGUUUGACCCAGGGCCAACUUCCCUUCACCUUGAAAAGCCUGCCAUGUCCUUGGGCCUCAGCCCCCACCAGAGUCCCACCCUGAUAUUCUCACAGAUAGUGUUAGUUGGAUCCUUUCUCCUCAUCACUGCCUGGGAAAUGGAAACUGGCUGCCUUGCUUGUCGGGUAACUGGUCAUCUUCUUAAGUUCACUCUCUUGUAUUUAAUGGAGCUCACCCCCUGACCAUUAGCAGAAUAACUCUUGCCCUGGUGUACACUGGAUAGCUUGCUCAGUGAUGAGAACAGUGGAUAGAAGGAAAGAACAAAAGGACCCUCCCCACACCUGUCCCCGCAACGCUGCUGUCUGAAGCCCAGAGCUUCAUGGCUACUAGGAACACAGGCUUCCCGAAGGACAUGCUUCUGAAAUAAAAAAAAAAGGAAGAAAAACUUCUUGUUGAAAGUCUGAAGUCAAAGUCAUUGCUUCUUUCUGCAUUCUCUGUUUGUACCUGAGGAGUCCAAUCAUCACAGGGGUGAAUACACAGAAUACCAAAGACAGAGGCAAAGGAAAGGAAAUCCAUCUGAAUACCCUAAAUAUUCUGCCUGGAAAAGAGAGAGCUCUGUUCAGCUUUUCAUACUGUACUGGAGACUCAAGCCCAAGGAAACUAACUCUCUGCUCUCAAGAUACAAAUGCAUUUAGUAGCCAGCCAGUCUUAGGCAGAUAAUAGGUGUUUUGUGAGCUACAGUCUAUGUGGGAUAUCAUAUGUACAUACAUCUACACAUUCACAGCCAGUGACAUUUACAUAAAUCAGCUCAUAUUCUCUUCAAAUCUGUGCAGAAUUAAAGCUUGCUUCCGAAAUCACCAGCUUUGAUGAGACCCACUCUGUUUUCCUGAUUGCCUUCCUUCUUCACCAUCUGUUGACCCCUAGGUUUGCCUAGAGGUUCUGCCAAUCAGACCCUUCCAGUUGUAGCUACCUUUAUCCAUGAAAAUAAGAUUUUCAUGCUGCCCUGAGGGCAGCAAUUGUUUCAUUUUAGUCUUUCUUUUCUAUCCCUCAGUGCCUAACACAGUGCCUUACUUAAGGUAGGGUUUGAGUUAAUGUCUGUUCAUUUUUCCUUGCCCCAUGUUUCUCAGGACUUAUGAAUAUUAAAUGUUGUCGGGAUAAUGGCAUCCAAUUUUAAAAUAAUCCAGCAGCAAAUAAUAAAGUUGAUAAGAUCACAGCAAAACGGAUAGUUUCCAUAGCUUGCAGUCAUAGAUGCCUUUGAAAUGAUUGGAAAUUCGUGUCAACCUUCACCUGUGUGCUUUGAAUAAAUCCUGUGAGAAUAGAACCUAUGAGGCAAAAGAGACAGAAUAUUUUUAUUCUAACAUUUUCCAGUGGCUUCUCCCACCCAUCAUGCCCCUGCCAUGAGAUUUUACUGCUAAACACAUUCUGAUAUUCUUAUUUCCAAAAUUCCAAUAUUUCCCACCAGUCACCACCAGGGGCAUCUGUCACUCAUUUUUUGAGUGGCUAUAUAUUAAAUCAUUGUCAUGAGCAGAGCUUUCAGAUUACUCUAAAUGACCAUUAAAUAUUGUAGAUGAAUUUUGAUCUUGGAGUCAGCAGAGCCCUGAGUUCAAAUCCUGCUUCUUACACUUCCUAGUUUAUGUCCAAGGCAAGUCACUUUUCAGAGCUUUUAUUUCCUAAUUCAGAUGAAAAUUACAGUUCAUGAUAGAUCCUACUUCUGGGAUCAGAGUAAGGGAGAUUUGGUUUCAAAUCCCAUCCCUGAAUCUUACUAUUUGUGUAAUCCUGGACAGUCAUAUAACUGAUCCCCACCUCAAUUUCCACAUUUAUAGAACAGGAAUAGUUAUAUCAAUAAUGUUUACCGAUGAGGAUCAAUUGAGCUUAUGUAGAAUACCUUGCAAAUCUGCUAUUCUUAUAGGGCUAUUUAAAUGUCAAUUAUCAUCAUGAUCAGUGUCAAAGUCUCCCUCUAACUAAGUAGUGAAUCCAUGAUAGGUCAAGUCUUUGAGACUGUUCUUCCUUUUCAUUUGGCCAACAGGACCAGAGAAGGGGGAGGGACAGUGAAGUAUGUGAUGUGAACAUGGCUGCAUCUUCUGCUGUGAACGUGAACGGGUUGACUUUGGCUCAAUCCUUUUGGAAAUGGCAAUAAUUGUUACAAUGAUCUCUAUGGGCUGGGCCCUCAUGGAAAACAAGGGCUUUAUCAAAUAAGUGUGAUCCAUUGGGAAGUGUGCAAACAAAAUACCAGAGAAUCAUACUGUGAUGACGGAGCUCCAAAUGUUUAUGAAACGUAUGGGCAAGAUAUUUAAACCUAUUUUUGAUACUAGAAGAUGAUUUUUUUUUUCAAACUGUGACCAUGGAUGGAGAUUGGAACCCAUUCCCUUUUCCUCUUUUUGCUGUAUGACAAGACAAGUGAUGUUAGGGGUGAAAUGAAUGAGUCCAAUUCAGUAAGUUAUUAACAAUUGUAUACUGUGUUUUAGUUUUUGCAUGCUUGAUUCUUUCUUGUUGGUUGUAAUGCAUAGGAUAUAGCGCAGACCCCUCAGCAAUGUGGCAAUAACUGUUCAAGAAACUUGAAGAAUAUGCCAUUCUGUUGGUGAGGUUGUCUCCCCCCACUGACGCAUAUCACAAUCACGCUGUAACUUAUCUUUAAGUAUUUCUAUGAUUAUUAAAAAUAUUAUCACCUUGGGGCCAACUGUGAGGGUCAAAUAUACCAUUGUUUUAGUGAGUCUCUUUUCUCCUCCCUAUGGACUUUCAUCCUCUCAGUUGGGAGAACUGGAACUCAUCCAUGGUUGACCUUCCUGUACAAUUCUGCUCCAUGAUUUCCAGAAAAUGAGCUGAUUGUAGAGAGGUGCACACUCAUGUGCUAAGGGUCUUCUUCCCCUUGAUAUUGUUUGGACAAUCAAUGGAAUGCUGAGGCUGUUCAACAGUCAUAACCCCAGUUUUGCAAUUACAACCAAGGAAAUAUAAUUAUAAACAAAAGUUAGUUUUCCAUUAAGGGUCAAAUCUUGUUUUAUCCAGGAUGGAUAGUAUUUGUUUUAAUGCAGCCCUUCUAAUGUAUAUUCAAUAAAUGAUGAAGAUAUGACUUCUUAUACUUUGCAAUGUGACAGAUGAAUUAAAAGGAGGGGCAAGGUGUUCCCUGUGUUUGCUGAGACUUUGUUGCUGAAUCUUCUCAAGGUCUCUUCCUGCUUUUAACUUCCCUCACUCUAUGAUUCAAUGAAAUAGAUUUUUUUUUUACUGUCUAUCCCAUGUGUUUUGCCCCAUAGCUUGAGAUCGGAAUGGCUUGUAAAGAAAUAGUGUAUUCUCAUUAUGUGUGUGAGUGAACCUAGAAGUUAGAACACUGUAUUAUGACUUUGGAAGUUGGAGUUUUUGCUUCUUUAGUUUAUGAUUAGUCAAAAGAUAGUAAAGAUGUGAUCUUGCCUCAGCUUGAUUCUGUUUUUUUGGUCUAAGUCUUAUCUCCUUUUCUUUUCACUGAGUCUGGCUGAUGUACCCAGAGACAAACAAUCAGUUCAGAUUUUCUAAACCUUUCUUUCUUAAGAAAUAAAAAUAGUGCAAUGUAUUUAUGGGCUUGUAUAUUUGGGCUUCUGCUAUAUUUCAUCAGUGAAACAUAAUUUGGCCAAAGAUGAAAUUGUAAUCGAAGGAAUUGUGACUUUGUAAUAGAUUACAUCAUGUAAAUGGUAAUAAAUGCCAGUAAGGCAUAAAAUUAUGCUGUUUUUUUCCAAAUAAAAAUAAGUCUUCAUUUUCUGUUA